CCCUUGUUUGUGUAUGGGAAAAUCGACGAGAGGUAUGAGGAAUACUCCGCGGCUAACGAUAGCAAGAUACACAAACAGGGAUUUAAUUCACUUUCGGUCUUCGCUGACACCCUUGAUAUCUAUCAAAAGCUGCAGAGGAACAUAAUUUCGGCUUGUCCCUCGGGUUUCCUCCUACACUCCCACCAAGGCGAGCAGCAAGAACGAGAAAGUCCCGCUAAUCCCGAGGAGUCGGACGCGGCCUGCUUUUCUAGCCGGCUUCCCGGUGCAGCGCAGGCGGCUAGUUCUGUCACUAGAGCCCGGUGCUUCCACUGGCUUAUUUUUAUUUACACUAUGAGAGACUACUCAGCUUCGACAUUAUUUUUGUUUUAAUAACCGCAGCCUCUGUCCAAUUUACUCCUCCCCUCCCCUCCCCUCCUCAUUCCUAUGUAAAGUUGUUUGCAUUUCCCUCUAAACAGAACCUUUCGGAGCCGGGGCGGCCUGUUUUGUUGUUGAGCCGCCUUGAACAAUAACACAACCAUAACGAGCCUGCUGGGGGCUGCACUGAAGCCCGUGUGAGAAAAAAUAAAUGCAUUGUGUGAUACCAACUGUGCACCCUGGACAAGCAUGCAUGUGGACUAUGGAUUUAUCGGAGGGAAAUCUUUGCAAACUGGAGCACUUUGUUAUGAAAUGCUUUGUUUGAUCAUAACUCAUGGACUGUAUGGAAACGAACCGAACCGACGUUUAUAUGCCUGCUCAUUCUCCCUGUGAAUGCAACCCGCACCGUUCACUUUAAUAGCUUUGCUGGGACAUCACAUUGACGAUGGAUUGGAUGUGACUUGGGAUGAGUAACCUCGAUUGCUCCCUGCGCAGACUGCUCUAUAUGUGGGAUUUACCUAUUUCAUCCACCUAUGCCCUCUUCAAAGCCGCCGGACUCCACUGACAAAAACACUCAUUUUACCCCGGGAGUAGCUGCUCUUCCGCUGCCCCCAUCGCUUAGUUUGUUUGUGUAUUUGUGUGACUUUGGUGUUUUUACACAAUAAUACAUCUAUAACAGACUGGAGCCCCGGGACAGGCAGCUGAGAUGAACCCGGUGAAUGCGACUUCUCUUUACGUGUCCGCGAGCCGAUCGGUGCUGCAGUGCGACCCCCGAGACCCCCGGGCCCUCGCGGAACUCUGCAAGCUGCUUCCCUUUUUCCGCCAGUCCCUGUCCUGCUUGGUCUGUGGUAACCUGCUGCAAGACCCCAUCGCCCCUACAGACUCAUCAUGUCAGCAUUACGUCUGUCGAGGCUGUAAAGGUCAGAGGAUGCAGCUGAAGCCGUCCUGUAGUUGGUGUAAGGAUUACUCCCGCUUUGAGGAAAACAGGCAGCUCUCAUUGCUUGUUCACUGUUACAGGAAGCUCUGUCUCUACAUCACCCAGUCACCACUAGCUCCCCACAUAGCAAGCGCUGCCAGCGACUCGCCGGAUCUUCAGGCCAUCCUAAACGAGGGCCAGACAUUGGCCGAGAGCGAGCCAGAAGCAGAGGACAUUUCAGAUUCAGUCGGCCUAUCGCAAGCCGCCUCCACUUCUGAGUUUGUGCAGCCUGAUGAAGCUCCACCCUUUAAGGAGAUCAAGGAGGAGGAGCUGAGCUCUGUCAGUAUUAAUGGGCUGCAUGACUGUAACGGACUGGUCAGUUCAGACUCUCUGCAGCCCAUCACCAUAGAAACAGGUGGAGGUGUAGCAAAACAAGAGAGUUUUUCGGAGGAAAUCCCAGUGUGUGUGAGCGUCACAGGGGCCGGGGAGGCGGGACUUUGUGACAUCAGUACUUUCGGGGAUGACCUGAAACAUGGCGGGGGGCCGUUGUUGUUGAGUGUUGAGGAAGUGCUCAGGACUCUAGAGACGGACACUGACCCUGACCCCUCCCCUGAGCCUAACCGCCAGCCAGACUGCCCUCCCUCUGUACCUCAGUCAAGCAUCAAUGGGCCUCUCUGCCCAUCAGGCCCGGACGCCUCCCGACACAUCCCCUCCCUCCCUACAGAGAACAGCCCCCGCCCCCUCUACCCUUACCAACAGCCUUCUAUACAACCUCCCCCUCAGCCCUCUACAGUCGUCCCCCAUGUCCCCCCUCGUUACCAUCGCAAACGCUCCCGCUCAGAAAGCGACAGCGAGAAGGUGCAGCCCCUCCCCAUCUCCACCCUUUUACGAGGACCUCCCCUUGGUGCCAACAGCUCCCCCCAUCACCCCAACCCAGGUGCCACCACCAAACAGGAGCCUAAGUUCCCUGCAGCAGCACCCCAUCCCCACUUGGCCCCAGUGCCCAAUGGUGGACCCCCAAAGGUAGGCAAGACUGUGCUGGUCUCCAACAAGGUGCUGAAAAAGACUGUUGAGCACCAUGGAGGUCCCAAGAAGGCCUACACCAAGGCCAGGCAAGGGGCCCCAAAACCUCGUGCACAACCCCGUGACAGAGUCCCCCCUCACCCCCACGCCCAUCCACUGACUCACCCACCCAGCCCCUCGAAGCCACUGUACAAGAAGCCCGUGGAGAAGAAGGGCUGCAAGUGCGGCAGAGCAACACAGAACCCCUCAGUGUUGACCUGUAGGGGGCAGCGCUGCCCCUGCUACUCCAACCGCAAGGCGUGUCUGGACUGCAUCUGUCGCGGCUGUCAGAACUCAUACAUGGCCAACGGAGAGAAGAAGCUGGAGGCUUUUGCUGUGCCGGAAAAAGCUCUGGAACAGACACGCCUCACGCUGGGCAUCAACCUCACCAGUAUCACCGCGGCGGCCCUGCGUAGCCCAGCCACCAGCUCCCCUGGCAACACCCUCCUCAACGUCACCACAGCGACAGGGGCCCCCGUCACGGCUGCCUUCCUGUCGGGCACUGGACACGACAACCGAGGCUUCGAUGAUUCACUGGAGAUGCGGUUUGACUGCUGAGAACAGUCGUUAUGCACAUUCCCCCGCCCGCAAGCUGGGCACUAUCUAUCGGAGUGUGUCAGGAACCUGCAGGGGGCGGAGCCAGAACAAAGGCAGCUACAGUGAUAGGCGAUAGCGAGGGUCACCAGCUGAGGCAGAAGAGUUGCCCUCCGUUUAUCGCCUGAAACUGCACAAUGCUUGUGGUCCUGCAUACAGAUGCAGCGUGGAAGAGAAGAAGAAAGAGGAGGAGAUGUAGCGUUACUGUAUGUGCAGAGAUUUCAUUUCAGUGCGGAUAGCUUCAUUUUUUUGUUUUCUUCUCUACUAUGGGUAAUGUGUAGAGCAUGUUGUGUAGCCUCAGUGUGUGUAUGUGUGCGUGCAUGUGAGUGUGUAUGUAUGAGGGUGAGAGUUUGGUUUGGAACGGAGACAUCAUCAUCAACAGAGGCUGGUGUAAUUUAUAUAAAAGAAAGAACUUUUUGUACAUGGACUUAUCAGUUUCCUUAAAAAACACAUUUUAUGAUAUAUUUUAUAAGUUACAUUGAAAACCAAGAGAAGCCGCUGCAGGGGGCAGUCCUGCAUUCAACCAGAAUAUUUUCACACAGGUAAAAGGUAGAUUGUAUUUUAACUACUAGAAAUGAAAUCAAGUAGACGACUAUCUUAACUAACACAGCCUGCAGAAUAACUUCUAUUACCAUUUACAGUAACACAACUUAUUAUAUCUGUCGCUGCAAGAACAGGGAUGUGACUUCAACACCACCAGCCAAAUGUAUGUUAGACUGUCUGUGAAUGUUCAUACACACAAACAUAACUCUAGAUGUUAUUGUGGACUGAAAACAAAUGUAAAUGGUCAAAUAUUUUAAGUCAAACAACCAAUAAGGCUGGCAGAAGACAAAACGUCUCCCUGGUUUGCUGUUGAACCAGUUUAAUCAUUUGUGUGUUCUUGUAUUAAGCACUUUUCUCACUUUUUUCACAUUUCUGUUCUGUUGCUGCUUGUGUUAAAAACUCUGGUUGACUGCAGGCCCCGCAUGUUCAUCAUUGCAAGUGAUCUUUGGUUUCUUGAAGCUACACACAUGCUGCUAAACACCACAAAGGACUCAAGAAGGAGAGCACACCUGUUUUCCUCGUCUUUUUGUUCCGCUCGUUUUUGUUUUUAAUAAUCCGUGUUAGCAACAUUUGCAGUAUUUAUUGGACGUCUCCUAACAUAGGUUACCUAUUGGGCGUCAGUUCAGCCCUCUCUCUCUCUCUUCUCUCAAUGCCUGUCGAGUCUGUCGAUCCAGUCUGGACUUUUUCUGUCUCACUUCAGUUGCUGUCUCCUUCUUAGUGAUAGUUUCUGGUGUCUCCAAACAGUUUUUGUUCUCCCUCUGGGCAUUUAAAAACCUGUAAUAUACCUGUAACAUAUUUCCACAAAAAGAAAGAAAAUCAAAAACUUACAAA